UUGGAAGACACCCCUCACUCAACACACACGGUAAUGGCAUCCAGGAGGCACAGUUUGCCAAUGGUGGCUGGUAGGGCGGAAGGCAGGGAGCCUGCCACUAGGUGGAGCCAGAGCCAACGACAAGCAGAACCAACUAAUGCUAGUUUUGUCCUCAUUUUCCCUGCUGAGUUCCACAAGGGGCAAUGCUGAGACUAAGGAGGAAGCUGGCAAAAAGGGCCACCCUGAAGACUGGUUGUAAAAAGUUAGGAAGGAGUUCACUCGAAUGAAGCAACCUCCACUGCAAUCCACACCUGAAUCAAACAGAGGGAAAGCCCCUGUAAAGUGAUGUGUUGUUGUUUAGUCGUUUAGUCGUGUCCGACUCUUCGUGACCCCAUGGACCAGAGCACGCCAGGCACUCCUGUCUUCCACUGCCUCCCGCAGUUUUGUCAGACUCAUGCUGGUAGCUUCGAGAACACUGUCCAACCAUCUCAUCCUCUGUCGUUCCCUUCUCCUUGUGCCCUCCAUCUUUCCCAGCAUCAGGGUCUUUUCCAGGGAGUCUUCUCUUCUCAUGAGGUGGCCAAAGUAUUGGAGCCUCAGCUUCAGGAUCUGUCCUUCCAGUGAGCACUCAGGGCUGAUUUCCUUCAGAAUGGAUCGGUUUGAUCUUCUUGCAGUCCAUGGGACUCUCAAGAGUCUCCUCCAGCACCAUAAUUCAAAAGCAUCAAUGUCUGGGCUGCUUAAACUCUUGCUUCUGAUUGAAGGCCUCUGUAGGGAUUGAAACUCCACCCCUAAUGUGCAGGAGGCGGGGUUUGGGAGCUCAUGAAUGAAGCCUGUUGAAGCAGGAGGGGGAGUUUAGUAGCCCUAAUUCUUUACACAAGAGACAGUUGAGGGCCUCUUUUUUAUUUUUCUGAGCGGAGGUUUAAUGCCCCUCUGCUGAUUCCCCUCUCUCUGUCUGUGUUUUUUUAAAAGAACAUUUGAUGCCUGCCUUGAUCUUCCUCAUUCUUGCACGCUCCUAGAAGGGAGGAGAAAGGCAGAUUGCAUGAGAAUGUUAAGCAGGGCAAGCUGGAAAAAUCAGGAUUAAAUUUGUAGAAUGGCGGGGAAGGCUGAGGUCUGGCCCAGCGGGAAAAUGAAAAUUGCCCGACUCUGUGCUCUUAAUUCCCCCACCCUGAGACCAGUUUGAACUCCUUUCCCUAGAGAAGGUGGUGGUUAGAGUUUAGUGGAAGCCCUGAGAUUUGGCUGCUGCUUUUUGAAACUAGGGGGUCUUUGCCAUGCCCUCCAGCCUUGGGCGUAGGCUGACCUGCUCCUGCCCAGCCGGCUGCACAGGAAAGUAUCCUGGCAGCUACUCUGCAUGACGCCGCUGUAAGCCCUGGCUGGCUUUUUAAUCCCACCAAUCUGUCCUUGGGAGGCCAGAGAGAGACCUGGUUGGGGGCAGAAACGGAAGCCUUUCAUGAGCCGGGCCCGGACAGGAGCACCUCUAGAGAGUACCAUGAGCUGGCCGGGCGAGGAAUGGAAGGUGGGGCUGCCGUCCCGGGCCUUGCGGGCCAUCGCCGAGGUGGAGCAGCGGCUGGAGCGCCUGCAGAAGGAGCGGCAGCAGAAACAGGUGCAGCUGGACACUCUGGAGGCCAUGAUGCACAAACAGAGGCAGAAGCACGAAGACGAACGGGCCUCGUGGGCCCUUCUCUCUCAGGAGAACCGGAGUCUGGCCGAGGCCUGCGAGCAAGUGGAGCGUGGCCGUCAGCGGUUGGCGCAGGAGCUGCAAGCCAAAGAAGCCCAGCUGAGCUGCCUGGAGGCUCAGCUCGCUCAGGCGACCCGACGCCAAACGGAACUGGAAGAAGAGCUGCGUAGGUGCCAAAUCGAACUGGACAAGCUGCAGUCGCAGUCCCACUUGGCCCUCCUUCCCCCCCGCUGGGGUUCCUCCAUGACGUGGGCCGAAGGUGGCAUCGAGGCCAAAGCAGAGCUUAGCAGGACCCUUGCAGCCGGAGCAAGUCAGAUUCAGGACAGCAGUCCUGCCGUCGGAGGUCCCUGCGGGAAGGAGAGCCCCACCGCCUCCUGGCAGCAAGAAGCGGCUUGUCCCAGUGCCCCACCCGGGAGCCCCAUCCCCACAGAGAAUGGCGAAGGGGCCCAGGCGAUGGCAUCGGAACUGGCAUCCAUGGGAGAGAGGCUUGAGAAAGAAAAUCAAGAGUUGAGAUUCGCUCUUGGCAAAGCAGAAACACGGAUGCAAGAAAAGGAAAGGGAACUGUGGAAUUUGCAGGGGCAGCUGGAGCUGAUCCGAGCUGAGCUGGCUCAGUGGAAGAAGCAGCGAGGCGGCCAGACGGAGAGCAGCUCCCUGGAAAGCAGAGGGAGGCGGCCGUCAGUGGAUGUGGGAGACCUGCGCCAAAGCAGGCACCAGCAAAAGGGCCUGCUUGGGACAGAAAAGAUGCCCUCUAGUGGCAGCCGUCGUAGCAUAAGCUCCUCCCGCUUGGAGCAGCCGGCUGAGAAACGGGGAGCUCACACCAAAUUGAAAGGCUUUCCCUCACCGAGCUCCCGGGCCCAGAGUACAGAGCGGGGCCGGGAGGAACUACAGGCCCUCAGAACCGAGGUUUUGACGUUGCGGCGGCGCCUGGAUGCCUCGGAGAGCCAACGCAAAACCCUCCUUGAGGCUUGCUGGCAGCAAGAGAAAAGCCGGGCCUGGGCCCAGGAGAGGCAGUUGGGCCCAAUGGUGGGAGCGGCGGCCUGGCAAAAGACAAAGGGCUCCCCAGAGAUCCAUGGGGGUUGCCAGGCCCCCAGGAGCAAAGGGCAGGCUUCAGUGAUGGCGGCUGGUGGGGAAGUCUCUGUGGCAGAAGAGGUUGUGGCAGAAGAGGUUGAGGAGGAUGGAGGGGCGGUUGAACCCGAGGCUGCGGCAGAGCCGGGGAAGGAGCUGACCUCGGACGUAGAGACGUCUGAAACAGGAGAAGAUGCGCCAGCCACACGGCAGGCCCACGGGGAAACUGAGGCAGAGGGCCAAGGAGGCAGUACCCCUGACCCGGAGGUGAACAUGGAAGGUUUGCAGGAGGACCUCCUGGACUUGGCCUCCGGCAAGGCCCAAGCCGAAGCCCAAGCCAUCUUGGCCCAGGAAAAACUCCAGGUCCUGCAGGCCACGCUGGGGAGGCAGACGGAGCGGUUGGCGCGAGCCAUGGAGACCCAGAGCCACCACGUGGAGGAGCUGCUGGCGGACGCCGAGGAGAAGGAGCAGUUGAUGAGGAGCCUCCGCCAGGAGCUGGAGGAGACCAAGAAAGCCUUGGAAAUGGCCAACGCCGAGGGCCAGAGGCUGCGGGCUCUGCUGGGGCAGAGGGAGGCGGAGGGGCACCAUGCAGAAAGCCCCUCAAACACCUUGGAGGUGCGCGGAGGCAGCGAGACCUUGGAGGUCCCUCUGGUGUCGGCCCAGCUGCAGGGAGACAUGUUGGGCAUUGCGGAUGUUGGUCUAGCGGGACGUAUGCCCGAAGAGAAGCCGGUGCAGCCGGGAGUCCAGGAACAACUGGAGGCCUCUCUUGCCGAGCUUCAGCAGGAAAACCUGGUCCUGCGCAAGGAGCUGGCUACCUGGGAGGCCUGGCACCAGAAAAGAGGAGAGGAGGACACCACUGGCCCCUUGGAACUGGCUGGCUCGGGAAACGGCAGAGAAGCAGCUGAGACUGCAGAUGUUCCUGAAGCUUCCCAGAAGAGAGAGCCCUUGUCUCAGGGGAGCCGACGAAAUGUCCAGACCCAAACUGAGGGAUCAGAGUGUGGCCAUCGGCGCAGGGAACGUGUCUCUGUGGCCUUUGAUGACACUCAGUAUGAACCCUACGGGCUGCCUGAGGUGGUCAUGAAAGGUUUUGCUGACAUCCCAUCCGGUCCCUCUUGCCCAUACGUUCUCCGCCGGGGCAUUUUGGGAAGUGCCCCCGUUGCCCAGCUGGCCCCGCGAGCAGAACCAGAAGAGGAUUCCCCUGAGGCAGAGGAAGGGACAGGCGUCUGAGAACUGCCUAGCAGCACAGGUUAUCAUUCUCUCCGUAUUGUACCUGGCCUUUUCCACCUGCGCCAAUAUUUCUGCACCAGCCACCAAAAGAUGUGUGUCUCUGUGGGAAACCCCUGCUGUGGCUUCCUUGGUUCCUGAUCUGAAAGGAGAUGGGCUGAUGAUCUCUGCCACUGUGCACUAGAGUCUCCUUUUCGCAUCCCUGGCUGCCACGCUCCGUCAGUUUCUGAAAAGAUGAUGUUCCUUACAGGCAUUCUAAGCCGAGGGGGGGAAAGUAUUUUCAGUCUUUUCAUCCUCCCCCCGCCCCCACCCUCCCUCUCCUGCAUCCUUCUGAUACCCAGAGGACUUUUUGGAAAUGAGGAAGAGUAUUUGGGGAGCAUCCACUGGAAGAGACUAGCAGAAAAGGCGCAAUCAUCCCUCCUGGAUUUAUACCACCCCUCGCCCAUCAUUGGAGGAGACCAUCUUUCCACAGUGGCCAUUCCUAUUUAACAGCCAAUCACAGACUCCAUAGCUCCGAGUGAGUAACCAGUAGCAAAGAGGAUGGAACACAUGGCUGCAGUUGGUUUCCUGCCCUCCACAUUUAUUUAUUUUUCACCUGGGAGAGCAGGGGCUGUUGCUGCUUUCCAAUCAGCAAUAAACAGGACAGUCCAGAGACCCCCACCUUGCCAGGAGAAUCGUGCUGUUUAAAAGUGGGGUUUUUUAUUUUGUUAUUGGAGCAAUGCAAAUGAUGGAAGAUGUGGCAAAAUCAACACGGAGCAGCACAGCUGUCUGCAACCAGUUUGUCAGAUAACCGCAUGUGAUGGGCUGUGUGGAUGCUGGCAAGCCAGGAGCGUUUGCCACUUGAGACGGCCAAGAUGGUGUUUGCCCCCAAAACCAAGUGCAAAAAAAGGGUAAGGAUUCUGAAGCUACUCAAUAGGCAAAAAACAAAGCCAUCCCAAGCAGAAUCACCAUUUGUUGUUGUUUAGUCGUUUAGUCGUGUCCGACUCUUCGUGACCCCAUGGACCAGAGCACGCCAGGCACUCCUGUCUUCCACUGCCUCCCGCAGUUUUGUCAGACUCAUGCUGGUAGCUUCGAGAACACUGUCCAACCAUCUCGUCCUCUGAUGUCCCCUUCUCCUUGUGCCCUCCAUCUUUCCCAACACCAGGGUCUUUUCCAGGGAGUCUUCUCUUCUCAUGAGGUGGCCAAAGUAUUGGAGCCUCAGCUUCACGAUCUGUCCUUCCAGUGAGCACUCAGGGCUGAUUUCCUUAAGAAUGGAGAGGUUUAAUCUUCUUGCAAUCCAUGGGACUCUCAAGAGUCUCCUCCAACACCAUAAUUCAAAAGCAUCAAUUUUUUGGCGACCAGCCUUCUUUAUGGUCCAGCUCUCACUUCCCUACAUCACUACUGGGAAAACCAUAGCUUUAACUAUACGGACCUUUGUUGGCAAGGUGAUGUCUCUGCUUUUUAAGAUGCUGUCUAGGUUUGUCAUUGCUUUUCUCCCAAGAAGCAGGCGUCUUUUAAUUUCGUGACUGCUGUCACCAUCUGCAGUGAUCACGAAGCCCAAGAAAGUAAAAUCUCUCACUGCCUCCAUUUCUUCCCCUUCUAUUUGCCAGGAGGUGAUGGGCCCAGUGGCCAUUAUCUUCAUUUUUUUGAUGUUGAGUUUCAGACUAUAUUUUGCGCUCUGUCACCCUCAUUAAAAGGUUGUUUAAUUCCUCCUCACUUUCUGCCAUCAAGGUUGUGAAUCACUAUACUGUAUAGAAUCACUAUACUGUACAUAAAUAUUACACACAAACACAGGUUUCAGAAGGGGAGAUAUUUAUAUGUUUGUGGGAGGGGUGAGAAUCUACAGCUUUUUUAUUAAUAACAAGAUGAUAAUAAUUACUGGAUUUCUUACCCACCCUUGUCCAUAAGGUCCCAGGAUAACAAGAUUAAAAUUACCGUAUUUUUCGCCCUAUAGGACGCACUUUUUCCCCUCCAAAAAUGAAGGGGAAAUGUGUGUGCGUCCUAUGGGGCGAAUGCAGGCUUUCGCUGAAGGCUGGAGAGCG